AACUCAUUUUCAAGACAUUUUAUGACCAGGAUGACAUUUUUCAAAACAAUUAUUUUUUACAAUAAUUCUUUGAUCUUUUAUGCUUUUUGAUCUGAUAUUUGGUUUUCAAUAUGCUUUUACAAUUAAAAGUAUAUGCCAUAGCUAUAUUGUACUUACUUGGGGUUUUAUUUAUGAUUUUGUUCCCACCAAGAAACUAUGAACAAUCUGGCACCAAAAUGCGAAGGGUAAGAAGUACAGGCAAAAAUAUAAAAUAUACAGAAUACUUUGAUUAUGAUACUAUGUUAGGGAUGGUAGAGCUUAUGGGAGCCGAUGACUCUGAAAUGGUCAACGUAAUCCAUUUGACCCCGAGGACUGCAAGAAAUAACAGCAUUGUAGCACUAGAGCUCCACAGUGACAUUCGUAGCAAGAAACCAGGGAUACUUGUAAUUGGCACUCUUAAUGGAAUGAUAUGGGCCGGACCUAAUGCAAUUAUUGAAUUAGCUGAAAAACUCCUGUAUGAUACAAACUAUCAAACACCAUUUUUUAAUGACUAUGAUUGGUAUCUUAUUCCGCUAGCGAAUCCAGACGCCUUGAAUUUCACCACGCGCCUUCGUCAUCUCAAAACAAUAGACGCAACGGAAUGGUCGCGUAACACCACAGCCAGGACCCACACGAAACCCGCAAUGUGGUACAAGAAUUUUGAUACCGAACCUGAUAAAGCAUGCUUCGGGGUAAACAUCAAUCGAAACUUCGCUUACCAUUGGCAAGACGAUGUCCGCAAAACACCAGAUUUGUGUUCGCAGUACUAUCCUGGACCUAAACCUUUCUCCACAUCCGAGGCGAGGGCGAUACGUGAAUAUGUGCACAAGCUUGCAGACAUAGUUCAUUUGGCUAUACACUUGCAUGCUAGCUUUAUACCAAAAAAGGAAUUAAUCUUGUACCCGUGGCGCUACACUUCACGUCAUCCGAGCAAUUAUCGUACUUUACAAGAUAUAGGAGAGUACGCCGCGCGACAAGCACGACUGCCUGAUGGAAGACUUUACGAGGUUCAACAAGGCAGUAGCAAUGGCCGCGUUGCAGGUUCUCUGAGCGACUAUAUUGCUGGAGUCGUCGGCACCGAACUGGUCUAUCUCGUCAAGCCGUACCAUGAAGUGUUUCCCAACUACACUGAUACCUCUGUUUUAGAGGCGUACGUAAAGAAGUCGAUAUCUGCAAUUUUAGGCUUGGUCCGCGGCUGGCGAAGCAGUACAAAGCAGAACACACUUUCGUUCUUCGGUAGAGACGUAGAGUUUUGACUACGCACCUUUUUUCUUUUAAUUAAAAUAUUAUAAUUUAUUCGAAUAAUU